AUAUUUUUGAUUGAGUUAAAAUAUGUAUUUGUUAUCAAAGAUAAACGAUUUUUUACUGGCUUCUUCAAAAUGUUAAAAACAGCUGCAAAUGCCAAGGACCCCAAUGACUACCUAAAGGAUUGUAUUUAUUUUAGAAUUUUUAAUGAAGAAGAAGAAUGAAAAUUAUUACUAAAAUUUGAUAUUGAGUAUUGAAGGUUUACUUAGAUUUGUUCAAAUCAAAUUAUUUUUUUCAAUAAGGUGCACAAUAUGUUUUGUCAUGUUUAAAAUCAUUAAUUAUUCAUAAGUAUUAUUUAAGAUUUAGUUGCUCAAUAUUCCAUUAAAAAUUAUAAUAUUAAAUAUGGCUGAACUUCAAAAUACUAUUGGAAUAUUAGGUAGAGAACUAAUUAGAACUCAAAUUACAGGUGAAGGUGAAUGGCCAAAAAAUACAGUUUUAUAUCAACCUUAUGAGACAGAACAGAUGUUAUUGCCUGAUAGUUCAAAAUGUUUGGCUGUCAAAACAUUUUUAAAGAUGUUGAAGUUAGACUUUAUUGUAGAAGCUAGAGAAAAUGCUGAAUACAUGUCACCCCAUCGAGGCAAAGUACCUUUCAUUAAAGCUGCCCAAUUUUUAGUUGCCGAUUUUGAGCCAAUUGUUAACUUUGCUCAAUCUAAAGGUUAUUCAUUAUCAAGCCAUUUGACUGAACCUCAACAAAAGUGGGACCUGAGAGUUUACAUGGCACUUGUAAAUAAUGUUCUAUUAAAUGCUGAGAUCUAUGUCACAUGGAAUCAUGAAUCAACUUAUAAAGAAAUUACUAAACCAAGAUAUAGUUCUGUUUAUCCUUUUCCUUUGAAUCAUUUAGCUACUUACCAUAAACGAAAGACUAUGCUAUCUUAUUUAACUGUAUUAAAUUGGAAAGAUAAAACAUUAGAUGAAGUGUUCAAAGAAGUUGAUAAAGUCUGUUCUUCUUUAUCUAGUGUUUUAGGAGAAAAGAACUACUUUUUCAACAAUAAGCCAACUGAACUAGAUGCAUUAGUAUUCGGACAUUUAUUUGCUAUUAUUACCACACCACUUUUAAAUAACCGUUUUGCUGCAACUAUUAGAGCUUAUGACAACUUGGUACAGCUUUGUGUGCGCAUUGAAAGAGAUUUUUUCCAAUCUAGAAUUCUAAGAUAAAACAUUAGUUUUUUGUUUGGUAAUAUUUUAAAUUAAAGAAUGUUAUAUAGUAUAAAAUAAAAUAUGUGUACUUUAAUUAUA